UGUGGGCUGGUCACAAAUCCCAUGUGGUCCGACAUCAUUGACAUGGCGGAAUCCCCCUCCGUACCCGCCUGGUAGUUAUUCCAGCUCGCUCACUCUUCCAGCCAGGCGGGGAUUUAUCGGACUGCCGGUCGCCUCCCUCCCUCCGAAGGAUAGACAGGGCAUUUCUCCUCGCGCGCAACCCCAUUUCCAGCCCAAGGAAGCCCGCAGAGGAAGAUUCUCCAUGAAUGUACGUCACAAUGAUGAUGACCGACCAAAUCCCACUGGAGUUGCCAUCACUGCUGAAUGGGGAAAUAGCCAUGAUGCCUCACUUAGUCAAUGGAGAUGGAACACAGCAGGUCAUUUUUGUUCAAGUCAAUCCAGGUGAAACUUUUACUAUAAGGGGUGAAGAUGGAACUCUUCAGUGCAUUCAAGGACCUGCUGAGGUACCCAUGAUGUCCCCCAAUGGAUCUAUUCCUCCCAUACAUGUGCCUCCAGGUUAUAUAUCGCAGGUAUUAGAAGACAGCACGGGCGUUCGCAGGGUGGUGGUCACACCUCAGUCUCCAGAGUGCUAUCCUGCUAGCUAUCCUUCUGCCAUUUCUCCAACACACCACUUACCACCAUAUCUUACCCAUCAUCCCCAUUUCAUUCAUAACUCUCAUACAGCUUUCUACCCGCCUGUUACUGGGCCUGGAGAUAUACCACCCCAGUUUUUUCCUCAGCAUCAUCUUCCGCCUACCAUUUACGGAGAGCAAGAAAUUAUAUAUGGAAUGUCAAGUUAUAUAACCAGGGAAGAUCAAUACAACAAACCACAGCACAAAAAAAUCAAAGACAGACAGAUUGAUCGCCAGAACCGUUUGAACAGCCCUCCAUCUAUCUACAAGAGCCAUCCAGCAUGUACGACAGUGUACAAUGCUACCAUCAAGACUCAAAAUGGGGCCACCAAUGGGGGAGGAACCGGUGGAGGCAUCGGUGGUGGAGGCAUGCCAGCUGUCAAAAAAGCAGAACGCAGAGCAAGGAGCAGCCCCAAGACCAACGAACAGGAUGUGCAUGAAUGUGACACAGAAACAAAGAAGGUCCAAUAUGUUCUUUCUGGAAUUGAGAAACCACAGGUGUCAAACAUUCAGGCUAGAACAGUUUUGCUCACUUGGUCUCCUCCAAAUGGCCUUUCAAGUGAAGAUAGACUCAACAAUGGUUUGCCUUACACCUGUACUUACGAAGUGGCCUUAUCAGACAAAGGGAGGGAUGGGAAGUACAAAACAAUCUACAGUGGAGAAGAAUUGGAAUAUAAACUGAAAGAUCUUAGGCCAGCAACAGAAUAUCAUGUCAGGAUACAUGCUAUGUACAAUUCAGUGAAAGGAUCUUGCUCAGAACCAGUCAGCUUCAUCACUCGUAGCUGUGCUCCAGAAUGCCCUUUCCCACCCAAACCUUCACACAGGACCAAAAAUUCCUUGACUUUGCAAUGGAAGGCCCCAGCUGACAAUGGUUCAAGAAUCACCAGCUACCUUUUAGAGUGGGAUGAGGGGAAAAGGAGUAAUGUUUUCAGAGAAUGUUAUUUUGGGAGCCAAAAACAUUACAAGGUGACAAAGCUGUGUCCUGCUGUGGGUUAUACAUUCCGAUUAGCAGCUCAGAACGAAAUAGGCAUAAGUGGCUUUAGCCAAGAAGUUGUAUGCUAUACUUCAGGAAAUAUCCCUCAGAUCCCUUCAGCACCAAGGCUUGUCCGUGCUGGAGUAACGUGGAUCACACUGCAAUGGAAUAAAGCAGAAGGUUGCACACCCGAAGAAGUGAUUACAUACACCUUGGAGAUUCAGGAAGAAGAUAACGGUAAUGCAUUUCAUCCAAAGUACACUGGAGAAGACCAAACCUGUACUGUGAAGAAUCUUAAAAGAAGCACACAAUACAAAUUCAGACUGAUUGUCUCCAACAUAGAAGGGAAAAGUAGUCCUAGUGAUGUCAUGGUCUGUACAACAAGCCCAGACAGGCCAGGGCCUCCCUCAAGACCCAUUGUUAAAGGGCCGGUAACAUCUCAUGGCUUCAGUAUGAAAUGGGAGCCUCCUCAGGACAAUGGCGGUUCAGAAAUCCUAAAUUAUCUGUUAGAAGUUUCAGAAGGAAGCUCUGAAGCAAAUCAAUGGGAAGUUGCGUAUAGAGGGCCUGCUACAGAAUGUACGUGUGCAUACUUGAAACCAGGCACUUUGUACAAGCUCCGGGCAUGCUGUAUUAGCACUGGUGGACACAGUCAGUGUUCUGAAAGUUUACUUGUUCGUACACUAAGCAUUGCUCCAGACCAGUGUCAACCACCCAGAGUGCUUGGGAAACCAAAGCAUAAAGAAGUACAACUGCAGUGGGAUGCUCCCCCUGUAUCAGAAAGUAGCAGUCAUAUCUCAGCAUACAGUGUAGAAAUGACUGGGCCUGAGGGUGUGGUUUCGGAGGUGUAUCAUGGUCCAGAUCUGGAAUGUACUGUCAGCAACCUUCUGCCUGGAACAACAUACCAGUUCAGAGUGAGGGCUUUGAAUGAUGGAGGGUACGGAACUUAUUCUGAAGCUACAAAAGUCACCACAGUUGCUGGGCCACCAGGGCAGUGUAGAGCACCUUGCCUUACCUUCCUUUCAGAUUCAAGUGUACUUGUGAGCUGGGAGAGGCCUGAGAGUUUUGGUGCUGACAUCUCAGAAUACAGACUGGAGUGGGGAGAAGACAAGGAGACUUUAGAACUGGUGUAUACUGGCACAGACAACUCCUUUGAAAUCCACCAACUGUCAGCUGCAGCACAUUAUUUCUGUAGACUUCAGGCGAUAAACCAGGCAGGAGCAGGAUCAUACAGUGACCUGGUUUCCUGCAGAGCCCCAGCAUCUGUUCCUGAUGCUGUUACCACCCUCUGUGUAUCAGAGGAUGAAAACCUGGAUGCCUGUCCAUUGCCCGUUGUAUGCCUUGUAUUGAACUGGGAGGAACCGUGCAAUAAUGGGUCUGAGGUUAUACAUUACAAUAUUGAACUGGGAGAUGUUACUCUGCCAGUGGGUAAAGUCACAACUUACGUAAUUGAGGACCUGCUUCCAGAAACCACAUUCCGGAUCCGGAUUCAGGCCGUCAAUGAGGUUGGAGCUGGGCCUUUUAGCCACUUCAUUACAGCAAAGACCAGGCCGUUGCCACCCUUACCUCCUCGGCUAGAGUGCGCUGCAGCAGGUCCCCAGAGCCUGAAGCUGAAAUGGGGGGAGAGCAGCUCCAGACAGCAUGCUGCUGAUGACAUGGUCUAUCUCUUACAAAUAGAGGACAAGAACAAGAGGUUCAUUUCAGUCUAUAGGGGACCAAGUCAUACUUACAAGGUACAACGGCUGAUGGAACACACCUGCUAUACUUUUAGAAUACAAGCUGUAAAUGGUGCUGGGGAAGGACCUUUCUCAGAAGUGUUUACCUUCAGUACAACAAAAUCUAUCCCCCCUGUCAUUAAAGCACCUCGAGUGAGACAGUUAGAAGGAAAUACGUGUGAAAUUGCUUGGGAAACAGCACCCCCAAUGAAGGGAGACCCCAUGAACUACAUUCUGCAGGUCCUAGUUGGAAGAGAGUCUGAGUACAAACAGGUGUACAAGGGAGACGAGACGACGUUCCAAAUCUCAGGCCUUCAGGUUAACACAGAUUAUAGGUUUCGCGUGUGUGUUUGCCGCCGAUGCUUGGAUACCUCACAAGAACUUAAUGGACCUUUCAGCCCUUCUGUUGCCUUUAUUCUCCAGCGGAGUGAGCUCACACUUACAGGGGAAAUGGGAAGAACCGAUGACCCCAAGGCUAAAUGUAUGAUGCCUUCUGAUGAACAGUUUGCAGCCCUCUUAGUCCUCGGCUUUGCAAGUGUCUCCAUCCUAUUUGCUUUUAUACUACAGUAUUUGUUUAUGAAGUAGAGAGUUCAACACAAGCAUUUGAGGUAUCAUUUUAAUUAAUGCUUCAUACUAUAAUCUACAUGUUUUAUUCAGAUAGUCCUCUUUAUUUUUUCAGUGCAUUUUUUCUGGUUUAUCGUUUUUUUAAGGGGUGUCAAGGGGAAUGGCAGUCCUAUUUAGACAAUAAAAAUCGACAUUCAGGUGCACCCUUUGGACAUUCAAGGUUAGGAAAUAGUCAGAUAUAUCCAAGCCAGAGACUGAAACAAAUAUUUCGCAUUUGGAUGUUCUUUCCCCUUCUCCUAUGAUUUUAUUCACUUACUAGUUGUUGUUUUUUCCCCAGAACAUAGAAAUAUAACCGGUUUGCCUUCACAUUCUUGCCUUAGUGCUAAACUUGUUGCAGUCUUUAAGUUGCAAGUUUAUUACAUUAGAGUAACUGCUUUAAACUCUUCUGAAUUUGCAAGACUUAACCAUAAUUAUGUAAUAGCAUUGCAGCUAAGCAUUCCGCAAUGCAUCUGUUGCACAAAUUGUUAAUUAUAAAUAUCACAUAUGAUAUUCACUACAAUUCUUUUCUCCUCUCCCCCCAUCCCACCAAUUUUGCUUUUUUUUUUUUUUUUUACUUUUUUCCCAUGGGGGGAAAAAUUAAUCUCAAUUAUGUAAUCAACUAUAUUUUUAGCACAUUUCAGUCCCAAUAAUUUAUCUUGCAACCUAAAGUCUUCUUUGAAUUAUAAAUUUUUUAUUCAAGCUGUUUGCGUACUAUAAAUUCCUGUAUAACAAAUCUGAUAACCAGAAAGCUUUAUCAAUGAAAAAGCAUUACCGUUUCUACCAUUUCCUUUAUUUUAUAGCAGUAAUUUUAAGAGGGCAUUGUGCAAUAGUUAUUCCCAUGUCCAGCUGUUUUUAUUUUGUUAAAGAAAAGCUGCUUUUAACUAGUUUGUUUGCCUUUGUAUAUAAACUUACUCUUAAUCCAAUCACUAGAUUUGUUAUAUUCAUCUUGAUCUUAUGUGUUUAUAACUGGCGAAAGCUUGCUACCUUUGCUAUUUAAAUUACAUUAUUACCUUUUGUCAUAAGCAAUCUCUUGAUCAGCCGUGUAAGAAAAAGGUCCAUCUGCAUUUCAGUCUUGGAAAAACUGGGGUAAAUUCAUACAGACACCUCAGAUGCUAAAUACUGUAGAGCUGAUGAAAAUGGUGCCGUUUCUUCCAUCUCCUCCUCUUCCUUUCUUCUCUAUGGCAUCUCCUAUGACAAAAUAUGUCAUGUAAUAUCCAUUCAUUUCCCCCUUCGGUUUCAUUGGCUGCUGCUUGCAGAAAUGACGGUGGGGAGGGACGCUGCACUGUACUAACAAUGCACUAUGUGUAUUGUAAUAGUAAAGCAAAGGGGAACAUAGCAAUGUUGUGAUGCAAAGCAUCAACCUCAAGCAUUAUUUGCAUUUCCAACAGCGUCUCUGAGCUCUCCAGAGUUCCACUGAAUGGCUGGUGGCUACAUUCCAGUGCUGGGUUUACCUUCUGGCAAAUGGGUGUAUUAUGAUUGGCCACUACAGUUUGAGAAAGCCCUUACUACAUGCUCAAAAUGUCAGGUAUGCUCACUGGCCCUCAAAUUUUGGAGAUUCCUGUAGUGGGCAUGGCCAAGGGGGAGAAGACAAGGAGGAGAUGUGGGGAGCUGGUUUCAGCAGCAGUUGCAACCUUGACACCCAGUUCUAGUUUCAACUAGUGUUCAGAUCACGGUGUGUGUUUGUGUGGUCCAUUGCAAACCCAGUGUCAUUACUCUUUGGGACAUUGUGUGUGCUUUUACAUCAAUUGCCAAGGCAUGUUCAUCUGGUCCAUCAAAAUCCUUGGUAAUUCUUAUUUUUUAAAAAAAGACUUUGAAUAAUAGGAUUAUUUUUAUGAUGUCUAAGUGCCUCAGGGAUAUUGAGCAGGAGGUGCAAAAUAAAUUUCAUAUGGAAAUGCACAGAGCUGCAAUCCAUCAGGAAUCUCCCCCAGACUGUGCUUUUACAACUCAAGAAGCAUUGCUACGGGGCUCCAUUCACUUCCAUCAAACAGAAGUGCACAAUAUGUCCCCCUCCCCGAAAAUGUUUUGAAUGUUUCCACCACCACCACCCCGAGAUUUUCAAAGGUUGUUGCCAAAUCAUAUGUUUUUAAAGUACCAGAGCGGGGAGGGUCUGAAGAGUAGUCAUAUCAGCUAUAUUUAAUUUUUAAGUAAAUUGAAAUGAAAUGUGCACCCUUUCCUUAAAACCUGUGCAGAAAAAAAAAUGUGACCGAGCAGUUCCUGAUCUUGCUCUGCAUUAAUUGGAGGAGUUCCUGUGAAUUGUGUCCCAGACUUUGUGUACCUUGGCAUUCAAACAAACAAAAAGUUCCAUAUAUUUUUGUUCUUCUUUGGGUUUUGCUCACAUUGUACUUUUUUUGUCUUCUGUUUUGCUAUGAUACAGUGUCCUGUACUAUAUAUAUGUAUAUGUAUAUAUAUAUAUAUAUAUAUAUAGUAUAUAUUCAUUCCCAUAACCAAAGUAAUGGGGAAACCAACAUUAUUUUUGUUUUAGGAUUAUUUAUACUAUAUACUGCAUUCAAUACUUUAAAAUGCCAAUUAAAGUGCAAUCUCAUUAUUUAUUGUAAAAAUAAAAAGUGUACUUAUGUACUAAAUCCUUCCCCUUCCCCUUCCCUCUCCCCCCCCCAGUAGCAUAUUAUUUUUCUAUUUUGUUUUAUGUAAGAGUAAUUUAGGGAAAAUAUUUUCAUUCCCAGCACCAUUCCUAGUAUUAACCUUCUUACAGUAUAUUGUAUGUUUUAAAAUGGGAGUGUUUAUGAAUUGCCAAAAAGAAGAAGAAAAAGAAAAGAAGAAAGAAUGUACACAAUAUUGCCCGCACACAAAUGAACCACCAUGCGGGGGCCACAUCCAUUCCAUCUGUGGCGCAUAGAAAUGGUCAUCUGCAAAGUUUACAUGUAGCCAAAAAAAAUCAUAAGCAUCUUUUGAAAUAAUAGUUUGAGACUGAUUAAUUAUUCUGCGUGCCUCUCUUGAUGUAGCAAACUAGUACAAAGGUUCUCUAUUUUGUUCUUUCCUAAUGUUAGUGUAUACAUUGCCUAGCAAACAAAUGUUAUGGAGCUAUUUUCUUUUUUAAAUCUCUUCCCACUGGCCCCAGUUUGGCCAGAAUCAUGUCUUGGCAAAUGUGGCAUAGUUGAUGUUGUUUAAUUCAACUUUAUUCCUUUUAUAUAAUACUUGGUUGACUUCAAAUAUAAAAUUUCAAAAAAAAUGGUGGGAAAAUAAAAAAACGUAGAUAGCAUUAGCUGUGCUUCAAUCUCAUUUAAAUCAUUGUGAACAAUUACCUACGAGUCAUUGGAAACAUGUUGGUUGUAAUGGCUCUGAAAUCCUUUCCAUUUUUCUGGAUCGGGCAAUCCAUUUGAAAAGUCACAUCUUUGUAAAGAAGCUGUUUUCACUCUCACCAUGCCCUGUGAUUAUCAGUCCAUAGAAAUCCCUACCUUCCAUUUUUGGCUUGAGCAGAAAAUUACUGCAUAUGCUCUCAAAACUUGCAGGCAAAAUCCGUCAUCCUCAGACUGGUUGUUAAAGCAUGACACCUUUAGUUGGGUCUAACUUUUCCCAUUGAUCUCAGUGGGACUAAUCCAAUGCAAAGGGGCAGCAGAUGAGAAGAACACAAACUCUGUCUGCAGAAAAUGGCCCUCUGGCUUCAAGAUCAAUCUUUCUCUCUCCCUUAUUUUUAGCCUCCAUUAAGGGACAGAAUUAAUUACACCAACUCAUGGAUUAGUAUAAUUUCCUGUUUUGAGCCAAAUUGUAGCUCUGUUGGCCUUUUGUACGGUGGUGAAGACAUUGGGAGGGUGGGGCAUUACUUUGGAGCACCACCAUGGAUGCAUAUGUCUAACAAACAGUUUGUGUUUUUAUUGAGCCUCAGUGUGGUUUUAGUUGAUUUUUGUUUUAAUGUAAUCUCUUGUUUUUCUUUGUUCACUGCCCAGCGUUUCUUGGAUAGAUAGGCAGCCAUAUAAUUUGGAUGGAUAAAUAAAUAAAUGUGAGGGUGAUCUGGCUGCAACAUCUCACCCCAUUGAUCACCAGAGUUGAUUUAACUGAUCUGGCUGGCUAGGCGGGUGUCCCCUUCCUUCCUCUUCACUCCGUGCUUGUUCUUCCUGAAGCUGCGUGCUUGGUGGAACAAGACAACCAUCCCAGAUAAGAUCUUCAGCCAAUAAAUAAAUAAGGAAGGAAGGAUAGGAAUUGGGAGAUCUUCAGCCACAGCACAGAUUGCCCUCAUUCUGGCCUCAUUGUUGGUAGAGCACCAACACUGGGAGGGAUCAUUUUAAUUCUUAAUAGACAUCACUCUCUCCAGCAAUAAGAAAGUUCACCAAUCUCUAGUGCUCCCAUGAACAGUCAAGAGGAGAACACACGAUUGCUUCUUUAAUCCAGAGCCAACCCUUUGUGUGUUUAGACAAAGUCAUUUUGUGCAAGACUGGAGAAAAGUCAUCUGAAGAAAAAUCAGUAACCCUUGAUUAUCAAGAAAAUAAAAUGUGUUUCAUGUUUUUAUUGUAGUUUCAGCAUCUCCCCCAUCCAUACAUACAUACCAUACACACACCCAUGCAUUUUAACUGCAAUGUUAGAUUGAAUAUGAUAUCAUUGGUUACUUUGUACCCACUUCCAUAAAGGUUAACUUCCAACGCAGCCAUUCUGUAAAAGAGAUAAUUCCACCCAUUCCUGUUUCAGCUUCCAUAAUCAUCAGCUUAUGGAAAGAAAGAAAUUGCUUUCUAUUCCCUUGUACGUCUUUUCCGGCCCAAUCAGUAUCGGCUGUGUAAAACCAACUUCCCUUGUCCCCAGUUUUGUGUAAAGAAAUUGUAAAAAAAAAAAAAAAAAAAAAUACAAUAUGGGGAAAGUAUUUUAAGAAGUUAUUUAAAAAGAAACAUUUUUAUAUUAUCUGCCUUUGUCCUUUAUGAACUUGAAAUGUUGUAGUUUUCUAAUCAUGUUUUGUCAGCAACAGUAGAUCAGUACUCACUGUUAAUCAUGGAAAAGUGCCCUAAAAUUGAAUGUUUCUGAACAUUUUUCUUGCACAAUUCUUUAAAUUGAAAAAUAAAAUUAAAAAUGGUUUUUCUUUUUAUUUUUUUUACCUCACUUAUAGGACAUACAUUCCAAGCUUUUCAACUUUAAAUAAUCAUAAGUUUUCUUGUAAAUUUUAACUAUUUCAUAUGCAUUGUAUUAAAACUGCCAUAUCAAUUUUAAUGUAUAGAUUUUUGCAAAUAUUACGCUAUGUACGUAAACCGUAUCUGUAGUGUAUAUGUAAUAUAUUUAUGCCCAAUAAAUGUUUUAAUUCUU